CGAAGGAAGCAUCGCGCGGACGGCCCGGGGCGGGGCCGCGCAGUCGCGUGUCUCGCACCGGGGCAGGGGCGCCCCUUUUGAGUGUUUGGGCUCUCGGGCCGUCUGCCGGUCCCGGCCGGAAGCGGAAGCAGUGCCGGAAGCGGAACCGGGCUGCGGCCGUGCUCGCCUCCGGGCAGCUAUGGAGGCCCCCGGGGACGGCGGCGGGAGCGGGGAGCCGGGGGGCCCGAGCCUGUCGGAGCUGUGCGCGCUGCUGUUGCGGACGCGGGACGCCGGCAGCCGGCUCCAAGCGGGCCACGAGGUAUUGCGGCGGCUGCGGGCGCCCGGGCCCGGCGCGGGGGCCGAGGGGCUGGAGCUCGAGCUAGACGAGGCCGAGUUGAGCCGGGUCGUGGACGAGCUCACCGCCUGGCUGCCGGCCAGCCACAGCAAGGUGGCGUUACUUGGAUUAGAAAUUUUAAGUGCCUUUGUUGACAGAUUAUCCACAAGAUUCAAAUCUUACGUACCCACGGUGAUUUCAGCUUUACUCGACCGGCUGGGAGACUCCAAAGACCAGGUCCGGGAGCAGGCGCAGAGUCUGAUCUUGAAGCUCACGGAGCAGGCGGCUUCACCCAUGUACGUUUGGGAGCACCUGACUGCCGGCUUUAAACACAAGAACUACCGGUCCCGAGAAGGCGUCUGCCUGUGUCUCAUCGCCACCUUAAACAUCUACGGGGCCCAGGCGCUGGUCCUCAGCAAGUUGGUGCCGUAUCUGUGCGUCUUACUUGGCGACUCCAAUGGCCAGGUGCGGGAUGCCGCGGUGCUGGCCAUGGUGGAGAUCUACCGCCACGCGGGAGAGAGAGUCAGAGCGGACCUGGCCAAGAGAGGCCUCCCCGCUGCCCGGCUGCAGACGGUGUUUGCCAGGUUUGACGAAGUGAGAGACGCGGGCGCGAUGAUCCUGAGCAUCGUCAAUGAUAAAAGCUUUGACGAUGAGGAAUCAGUGGACGGGAACAGGCCGUCAACAGCCUCCUCAGCCUUCAAGGUCCCGGCCCCGAAGACCUCCGGGAACCCCGUCAACAGUGGCCGCAAGCCUGGUUCUUCCGGGGGUCCGAAGGCUGCAGGUGCGUCCAAGGAAGGCGGGGCCGGCGCUGUGGACGAGGACGACUUUGUGAAAGCGUUUGCAGAAGUCCCUUCUGUGCAAAUCUAUUCUAGCCGCGAGCUGGAAGAAACGCUGAAUAAGAUCCGGGAGAUUCUGUCGGAUGACAAGCACGACUGGGACCAGCGCGCCAACGCGCUCAAGAAGGUGCGCUCCCUGCUGCUGGCGGGCGCGGCCCAGUACGACUGCUUCUUCCAGCACCUGCGCCUGCUGGACGGCGCCCUGAAGCUCUCGGCCAAGGACCUGCGGUCCCAGGUGGUGCGCGAGGCCUGCAUCACUGUCGCACAUCUGUCCACCGUGUUGGGCAACAAGUUUGACCAUGGCGCCGAAGCCAUCGUGCCUACCCUUUUUAACCUGGUCCCCAACAGCGCCAAAGUCAUGGCCACGUCCGGCUGCGCGGCGAUCCGCUUCAUCAUCCGGCACACGCACGUGCCCCGGCUCAUCCCGCUGAUCACCAGCAACUGCUCUUCCAAGUCCGUGGCGGUGAGGAGGCGCUCCUUUGAGUUUCUGGACCUCCUCUUGCAAGAGUGGCAGACCCAUUCCUUGGAGAGGCACGCGGCUGUGUUGGUGGAGACGAUUAAGAAGGGGAUUCAUGACGCGGACGCGGAGGCCCGAGUGGAGGCCAGGAAGACGUACAUGGGCCUCCGGAACCACUUUCCUGGGGAAGCCGAGACCUUGUAUAACUCCCUGGAGCCUUCCUACCAGCGCAGCCUCCAGACGUACCUCAAGAACUCGGGCAGCGCCGCCUCCCUCCCCCCCUCGGACCGCUCCUCUUCCAGCUCCCAGGAGAGCCUCAACCGCCCAUUCUCCUCCAAGUGGUCUGCAGGGAGCGCCUCGGCCGGCCCCGGGAGAGUGUCUUCCAGCAGCGGCAAAAUGACGGGGAGUCCCGGCAGCCUCCAGCGGUCCCACAGCGACAUCGAUGUGAACACGGCCGCGGGGGCCAAGGCGCGCCACAUCGCAGGGCAGGCAGGUGGCGGGCGCCUCGGGCCCGGCACCCUCACUCCUGGCUCGUACGCGUCCCUGGAGGACGCAUCGGAGAAGGCAGACGGGGCGGCGUCUGAUGAUGGUCGCGUGAGAGCCAAACUUUCCACGGCCGUGGCGAGCGCUGCCAGCUCCAAGGCGGACUCCCGGGGCCGCAGCCGGACGAAGAUGGUGUCCCAGUCUCAGCGUUCUUCGUCACCCGACAAAAUGGAAGACCCCGCUGCCACAGUUCCCUGUUUCUGGUUCGAACUGCAGGCAGGUACGUCUGCCGCGACUUCCUCACAGGAGGGGGGAGGGCGUGAGGACCACGUGCUGAGCGCCUCCUGGGUCCGGGGCCUGGCCAUCUCCGGACAAACGGCCCCUUUGGGGCGGUCGCCGCCUCCUCGAUUUCCCUUGUUCCCUCCCCCAGGGCGCCUGCAGCCCUCUCCGGCCAACCCCAUGGGCGGUAAGAACCCGCGGUGCGGCGCAUGCCUCCGCCCCCCCAUCCACAUCUCGGGCCAGGCUCUAUUCAGCAGAAGCGUGAGCCCGGCCGGGGGCUCCUGGUCCUGGCGCUUCCGGGACACAGCGGCUUCCCCUGUAGCCGGGGAAAGCCGCCGGCCAAUGGGUGGCCCUGCCGGGGGCUCCAUGUGCGGGGAGCACUUCCUGCUGCUCUGUGGCUUCUGGCAGAGCUGGGGGGCGGCCUCAGUGAAGGCUCCCGGGGGGUCUGGGCCCCCGCGUCCCCACCCGCGCUCCGCAGCCCGCCUCGCCUCGCCCUCCCUCCGGGGCCCCUCGCAUCGGCUGCCCGUGCGCCCCAGGGCCUGGGCCCGGGGCCGGCUCGCGCGUGCGCCCCCGCUCAGUCCUGGCGGUAACAGGCAGGCUUUGUGUGGUCCUGUUAUUCCAGCUUCCAGACAUCACUCCAGAUCGACGGGUGCCCUCUACACCCCCGAUGUCUGUGGGGCCUCAGGCGCGGGCUACGGGAUCGGGCAGUCCAGCCGCCUGUCGUCCUCUGUCAGCGCCAUGCGCGUCCUGAACACGGGCUCCGACGUGGAAGAAGCCGUCGCCGACGCCUUGCUCUUAGGAGACAUGCGCACCAAGAAAAAGCCUGCGCGCCGGCGGUACGAGCUCUAUGGCGGGGGCAUGUACUCAGAUGACGACGCCAACAGCGACGCCUCCAGCGCCUGCUCCGAGCGCUCCUACAGCUCCCGGAAUGGCAGCAUCCCCACCUACAUGCGGCAGACUGAGGAUGUGGCCGAGGUGCUGAACCGCUGCGCCAGCUCCAACUGGUCCGAGAGGAAGGAGGGCCUGCUGGGCCUGCAGAGCCUGCUCAAGAGCCAGCGGACGCUGAGUCGGGUCGAGCUGAAAAGAUUGUGUGAGAUUUUCACGAGGAUGUUCGCAGACCCUCACAGCAAGAGAGUCUUCAGCAUGUUCCUGGAGACGCUCGUGGACUUCCUCCAGGUCCACAAGGACGACCUGCAGGACUGGCUCUUCGUGCUGCUGACCCAGCUGCUGAAGAAGAUGGGCGCCGACCUACUCGGCUCCGUCCAGGCCAAAGUGCAGAAAGCCCUGGACAUCACCAGAGAGUCUUUCCCAAAUGACCUUCAGUUCAACAUUCUCAUGAGGUUCACGGUGGACCAGACGCAGACGCCGAGCUUAAAGGCAGUCCAGCCCACCCUGCGGGACCAGCUGCGCUCCUCUCCCGGGAGCUCCAAGGUCAAAGUCGCUAUCCUCAAGUACAUCGAGACGCUGGCCCAGCAGAUGGACCCGGGGGAUUUUGUCAACUCCAGUGAAACACGCCUGGCCGUGUCUCGGAUCAUCACUUGGACCACGGAACCCAAAAGUUCUGACGUCCGGAAGGCAGCUCAGGCCGUGCUCAUCUCCCUGUUUGAGCUCAACACUCGGGAGGGGUUCCACUGGGAUCGCCUGGCCGGCACCUCGCUACGGCAUGGUCCAGUCCGCACCCCGCCACCACUGGUCCGACCCGCGUUUCCGGCCAGGGUAAUGGCUCGCCCGCCCGGGUGUCGGGCACUCGUCUGGAGCGCCCUCUCGCACGGGAACCGAACUCGGAGCAGGUCGAGCCCUGGCCGGGGUACGGAAGCCAUGCCAGAGUUCCGAGCCCACCGGGGUUUCCGGCCUGGGGCCAAGGCGGCUGUCCAGGGGCGGCGGGCCAGGAGGCUCGGGCAGGGGCUGGGCACGCACGUGGAACUGACACUCAGGAGGCACCGCCAGGGGCUCCUGGCGCCCGCUCACCAGAUGGGCACACUCCAUCCGCAGCCAGGAGGGACGCAGCGAGCGCUCAAGAGGGAGUCCAAGAGGGAGGGCGAGGCCGAGCAGAUGGGCAGCGACCCCCGCGCCGGAGGGGACGCCCCCGACCCGGGCCGAGGAGUCCUGGACAACAAGACCUCGAUGCUCAACACGAUGCCCCCGCACUCCUCCCCCCGCGCCCGGGACUACAACCCCUACAACUACUCGGACGGCGGGGGCUCCUUCAACAAGUCCGCGCUGAAGGAGGCCAUGUUCGACGACGACGCCGAGCAGUUCCCCGACGACCUGUCCCUGGACCACUCGGACCUGGUGGCCGAGCUGCUGAAGGAGCUCUCCAACCACAACGAGCGCGCCGAGGAGAGGAAGGGCGCGCUCUGCGAGCUGCUCAAGCUGACCCAGGAGGACGCCUUCGGGGUCUGGGACGAGCACUUCAAGACCAUCCUGCUGCUGCUGCUGGAGACGCUGGGAGACCGAGAGCACUCUGUCAGAGCUCUGGCCUUGAGAGUCCUGAGAGAAAUCCUGAGGAACCAGCCGGCCCGAUUUAAAAACUAUGCCGAGCUAACUAUCAUGAAGACUCUGGAGGCCCACAAGGACCCGCACAAAGAGGUGGUGCGGUCGGCGGAAGAGGCGGCGUCCAUGCUGGCCACGUCCAUCAGUCCGGAGCAGUGCAUCAAAGUGCUCUGCCCCAUCAUCCAGACGGCCGACUACCCCAUCAACCUGGCCGCCAUCAAGAUGCAGACCAAGGUGAUCGAGAGGGUGUCCAAGGAGACGCUGGCCCAGCUCCUGCCGGAGAUCGUGCCGGGCCUCAUCCAGGGUUAUGACAAUUCGGAGAGCAGCGUUCGGAAAGCUUGCGUCUUCUGCCUCGUGGCUAUCCACGCCGUCAUCGGUGACGAGCUGAAGCCCCACCUCAGCCAGCUCACCGGGAGCAAAAUGAAGCUGUUGAAUCUGUACAUCAAGCGGGCACAGACGGGCUCAGGAGGGAGCGACCCCGCCGCGGUCGCCGACGGGCCUGGGCAGAGCUAGCAGAGGCCGCCCCGCCGGCUCGGACGGCGGGGGCGUCUCUCGGCCCCGCGUGAGCUCCGGCCCGCCCCGUGUUCGCUUCCACAGGGGGCCGCUUCAGCCUGCAUGUGCCCGUCACCGUAGAGUGGUUCCAGACCAGGAGAACAGUGUUAAUGCCGGUCCAGGAACCGCGAGUCCUUUCCAGAGAUGAACCCGCUGUUUUUCCAGUCCUCGCUCCUCUGUCUCCCAUUAACCUUUGCCAGUGUUAUGACUGUAGAGACUUUGUAAUUGCUGAUUACGCAGGAACGCUCCAAGCUUCCCGGGGUUCCCCGAGAGCCCCCGGCCUCUCUCCAACUGCAGGACGACGUCUCUGGGCCUCCCUUAACUUGCGUUGGUGAUCAUGUCCUUGGCUACAAACAUGAAAUGAGCGGGAGGAAGAGCCACCCUCCCCGGCUGUGGCUGGGCCCCAUCGUGCCCCAGUGGGGGCGGGAUCGGGGGCUUCGAAUCAGGCGGCCGGGCCCCACGGGGUGUGGGACUCCCCAGAAGGCUGGGGGCGGGGAGGGACCCCUGCCGACUCUGGACGAAGGCUUCCCCUGAGUCAGAGAGAGCCGGCUCGAGGUCCGGGGCCCCGCCUGGUCGUGCCCUCGGGGGGGCCGAGCGCAGGGAGCGGUCCCCAUUCUCGGCCAGCAGUCUCUCUACCUCUGCGGGGCUCGCUCUCGACACCGAGCCGGUGCCCGCCCCGUGGGUCGCCCUGCUCACGUCCCCGCGCCGCCCUCUUGGAAGCAAGCUGGCCUGGCUGAGUCGGGACAGGAGAUGGAGAAGCUGCGCCCCUCCCCGCCCCUGGUUUUCUUUUAACUGUUAAUGACAUUGUGUAUUUAUGGUUCUGUGCUUCCCGUUGUGCAUACCCUGGCAAUAAAGUUGUACAUAACACGGCUUGAGAAGGAUCGAGUGACGGCA